UUUAAAAUUAAUACAUUAGGUGUGGUGACAAUCAGAAUGGCGAGAAUAACGGCGGUAAAAGAGUGUUUAGAAAAAGCAUUGCGGGAUGAGAAUAAAUUCUGGACAAAGUAUUUUACAAAAAUUGAAAGACAAACUGGAGUUGAUCGACUUUAUGUGUUUUUAGGCUCUGUUGUUGUUUUGGCACUUUAUCUGGUAUUUGGCAUUGGACAACAACUAGUAUGUAAUAUCUUUGGAUUUAUAUAUCCUGCUUAUUCUUCAAUGAAAGCUUUAGAAAGUCCAAAAAAAGAAGAUGACACAAAAUGGUUAACGUAUUGGGUUGUUUUUGCUGUAUUUACCAUUGUUGAAUAUUUCUCAGAUUUUAUUUUAUGCUGGUUUCCAGUUUACUGGCUUUGCAAGUGCCUCUUUUAUAUAUGGCUAAUGGCCCCUGUGGAAAAUAAUGGUGCCAUGGUUUUAUACCAUUGUGCUAUCAGACCAAACUUUCUACGAUACCACGAUAAAGUGGAUGCAUUUAUAUCAAAUGCACAAAAUAAUGUAAUUAAAGCUGCAUCAAACGUCCUGUUAACCAAGAAGGAUUAAUUAAUACAAUACUCGAUCUUAAUAAUACAGAUGUUUUGUAAAAUGCCUUUAAAAAGUUUAGCUAUUUCUCUUCACUUAUUCCUAAU